AUGGCCUUACGAGUGCUUCCGUCUACUGCCCCCUCGCGGGUGUUUUCCCGUGUCUUCUCGUCCUGGGAAUCUCCGUCGUCCGCCGUAGGCCGAUGGUCUCGCUUUUUCCAGAACUCCGCCAUGCUCUCUCCAAACCUCUUGAGGCCGGCCGCUUUGUCGUUAAACAUCCCGGGCUUGUUGUCUGAUAUUUGGGACUCUGUCCUCCGCGCCGUUCCCAAGAAGAAGACCUCUCACAUGAAGAAGCGCCAUAGGCAGAUGGCUGGCAAGGCCUUAAAGGACGUGAAGAAUCUCAGUACAUGCUCUGGAUGUGGUCAAGUGAAGCGCGCACACGUUCUUUGCCCGCACUGUGUUUCGGCGCACCCUACCGAUAUCUUCUCCUUGGCUGUAACUGACAAGCAUAUCCUGUCUGCCUCGGGUACCUCUUCGCUGAAGGUCCAUUCAACGAUAGAUCCAGACUUUCCGUUGGUCCAGUCAAUUGAUGGAGCGCAUAAAGUUGGCUGCCACCAUGUUGUCACCGAUGGAAAUGGAUCGAGAGCAGUCAGCGUUGGCUUCGGUGGGGAAAUUGUGAUUUGGUCUUGUAACGACGGAACCUGGUCCAUGGAUGGUACAACCUCAGCCGAAAUAACGGGCUCUACAGAGGUUUGGGCAGUGGCAUUGUCAGAAGAUGGACAGUACCUCGCAGGUGUCAGCCAAGAUGGACACAUCAAGGUGUGGGAUUUGAGGGCCAAUCGUCAACAGAUACGCGACCAUGAAACUAAAGGUAGCUUCGGUACCUGUCUGGACCUGUCUGCGGAUGGCCGCUUCAUCGCCAGUGGACACGAGAACGGCAGUGUCUAUAUUUUUAGCACAGAAACUGGCCGUAUGCCGUUUUCUUUAUCAGGCCUAGUGAAGCCGGUACGAACGGUGGCCUUUUCUCCUGGAGGGAAAUUCCUCGCUGCUGCUGGAGACUCCAAAGUUAUUGUGCUUUAUGACACUUCAUCUGGUGAGCAGGUCGCCAGUCUCUCGGGACACUCGGCCUGGAUAUUGUCACUUUCUUGGAGUGAUUCAGGAGAGUACCUUCUGAGUGGAUCAUUUGAUGGCAAAGUCAAAGUCUGGUCUAUCGAUACUAGAUCUUGUGUUGCAACCCAUUCCGAGACCGAGAAAGCCGUCUGGAGUGUCAGAUGGCUCCCUAAAGCCGGAAAGACACAGGGAUUUGCGACGGCUGGGGCAAAUAGAAGCAUAUCAUUUUACCGAGAGGCCACUGGUGGUUGA